GUCGGGGAGCUGCUCGCGAGUCCUCUUCGGGCGCAGCGAUAAUCACGGCCCGGAAUUCUCUGCCAAGUCCCCUGUCCCCGGGAUUUUGCCAUGUGUCGCUGCGGGUCGUGUCCACGUGGAGAGCCAGGCGCACCCAGAGCCUGAAGUCCCGCCUGGAAGGAUGCACCCCUUCCCCUGCUCGGCGCUGCUUGCUUGCUUUGGCAACACGCGGGAGGCUGUACCCCUCGACCAGCCCAGCGCUGCGGGUGUCCACGCCGCCGUCCGAGGCCAGCCCACGGCCACAGCAGGCGGACACGCGAGCGCCCGGCCAGCGGAAGGAGCUCCGGGGAAGGGGCGGGAGCCCGGGCCCUCUGCGGAGCGGAAUGGCCGCGCGAAGCGGAGCUCAAGGAGCCUCGCUGCUGUGCAGCCAGCGGAGACCCCCGAGGACCUGCCCGGGCCGCUGCCGGAGAAGCUGCACUGCCAAGCAGCUGCUCCGCAGACUUCCAUCCCCAGAGCGUCAGCUACUGCAGCGCCCAAGGAAGAAGAGUUCCAAGAAGAACCUAAGUGCCCUGAAUUGGAACAGAAGACAGCAUCAGACAGCCCACUUGAGGACAGUGACCCCAAGGACUCAUCCCUCGGACCAAGACACAUCAUGGCUGAGCCAGAGUACGUAGACGAUGACAACCCUGAGCUGAUUCGGCCCCAGAAACUGGUCAACCCUGUCAAGACAUCCCGGAACCACCAGGAUCUUCACAGGGAGCUCCUUAUGAAUCAGAAAAGGGGUCUUGCUCCUCAGAAUAAACCAGAAUUGCAAAAAGUGAUGGAAAAGAGAAAAUGGGACCAAGUAAUAAAGCAAAAGGAAGAGGAAGCACAAAAGAAGAAAUCUGACUUGGAAAUUGAACUACUGAAGCGGCAGCAGAAGUUGGAGCAGCUUGAACUUGAGAAGCAGAGAUUGCAAGAAGAGCAAGAAAGUGCACCGGAGUUCGUGAAAGUGAAAGGCAACCUCAGGAGAACAGGUCAGGAGGCAGCCCAAGCCCAGGAGCCCUAGGCCAGGGCUGCCCGAGGCCGGCGCUGUCCUGUGGGAGCUGUCUGGGCGUUCCGCGGCGCUGGUCCCAGGGACGGAGCCCGGAAGAGAAUUCCAGCCAGCACAGACGCUUGCCUAGAGAAGGGACUUGGUUUGGUUUUCCUGCAGUCUGGGUGAAUAAAUUGUCUGUGACUGUUGCAGUUCCCAUUCGCCAAAUGAAGGACAUUGACUAGCACUUCGGUUGGAGUCAUGGACCUGGAUUCGGAGAUUUAAGCAGGAGAAAACAGCGGAACAAGCAGGAGAAGGGAAGGGGACACUGGAGUACAUUCUUGAGAGUUGCACUACGCAGUUUUUCUUCCAGUCCGAAUUUCUUAGCGCGCGGAGUCUUUUUCUUAGAAAAGAUGUUUGAUUCUCGUGGUUAUCUGUUAGAUGAUUUAGAUUGCAUAGAAAUGCAUUUAAUCUGUUACGUACAAUAUUGGGAAAUUUUAUUUUGAGAGUCCAGAUUUUUCUUGCUGAGUUCAUACUUCCUCCCACGUUAGAAUUGGCAGCAGGGAACGUUAACGCUGAGGUUGAGCACAGCUGUUACCUUGCUGGCACUGAGCUCCAGAAAUCGGAAGGCAGGUUUAGGGGGUGUGAGCCCGGCGUGGGUCCGUCAGUCGGCCCGCCCGCCCGUCCGUCCGUCUGGCUUCUCUGUGGGGUGGUGUGAGGCGUGAGUUUGGUGGGCUUUGCCCCACACCCAGGAAGGCGCUGUGCGCUUUGACAGCCGGUGGGCAUCUCUGCAGCUCCCUCCAAGACUGCUGAGCUGUCCUUCCCGAUGAAAGGAUCCCGCGGUCCUUUGGGCAGUAGACAGUCUGCAGUUUCGGAAGUAGAGGGCCCAGAGGCUUUUCCCCUCUCCGGGGAGCAGUGCAGGGGCACUUUCAUGGGAGCUUUAGGGCAAGAUCUUGCAGUGUUUGAGCAUUUUGAUAUCAUUAGAAUCCAAGCUUUGCUAGUUUCUGGUCAGUGCUCACAUAUUUCUUUACUAUUUUUCCCUGUGCAGAAAGACUAAUGCCCCUCCCUCGGCCCCGUGCUGUUGAGAGAGGCGAGGCUGGUGCCUCCUGUAUUAUUGCAUCCCUCAGGAAAGCCAAGGAGCAGUGCGGGCCGGCCCGCCUUCUUCACACGCGCUAACGUGCUCCUCAGAGAGGCAUCCAAGCUACGAGGGCGCCCAGUUCUCAGGCGAAUGUCAUUUUAUACUGCCGGUGUAAUGUUGGUGAUUUAGUGUGUUCUUCACAGAGGCAUCUCGGCCAGUAACUUUCACAUUGAAGACUCUGCUUAUGCUCCCUCUCGUGACGCUAGAGAGCUGGACCAGGGCUUUGGAGCCCUUCGUUAGCACAGUAGACAUUAGCUUUCUGUGCGAGUGUUUAGUUUUAGCAGUUGGCAGGCCCGUAUUCAGCCCUAAUAUGAACACCCUAAGAGUAAGUGGAGGCUGGUACACAGCUAGAGAAAUGUGUUAGUUGAUUACAUCUGAAAUGGAUUAUUUGUCUCAUGAGCAAGUAUUAUUUGAACAAAAUACAAGAUGCUUAAGAUAAAACAGUGCUCUAUAGUAGUUUGCUUUCAAAGAUUGGAGUGGUAGCUCUCUCUUUCACCAUUCCUUUGAGAGAAGAAAAUGCAGUAACUGAUGAUCUUGAAAGAACAUGUCUGAUUGCGUGUUCAUUCAGAGCUCCUUUGUGUAUGUGGACUGAUGGUGUGGUUAGUAAAGUAGAAAUUUGGCUGGGCUCAAAUCAUCUUAUCUAACUAGAUGUGGAUCUGUGUCCUUGGAGUAAUUCUGCCACUUGACCAAAUUCUCAAGGGCCCAACCAGGCUCCCUGACAAGGAUGAAUUCUGCUCCUAGAUCUUCUGUAGACUUCAUUCAUCGCCAAGAAAAAGUUAAUUCAAAAAAGCAUUCUCUCCUGAUCACAGACAAAUCUGCAGAGUUAUCUGCGGUUACUGCUACAAGCCAGCCAGAAGAUGACUUGUGAACAGCAUGAGAUGGGGCUGUCCUAACCAGCAGAGGUGCGGGCAUUGAGGCUCUUGAGGUCUGAUUGGCUGGGUCACCGGCUGGAGCUCAGAAGGGAGCAGCCUCCUCAACGCUGUUCUGUCCAGACCUGUGGACUCGGGAACAUCUGCGCAGUCCUGUGCUUUGAGCCACUUUGGGGGACAAAAGUGGCUCCAUUUUUCCACUCUGUGGUUUUCUUAAAAUAGUUGAGUGUUUUAUAGUCUGAUAGUAAAGUAGUGUUGCUUUAUAAGCUAUAACAGUUGACUUUAUUCUUCUACUCUGGAAAAUCUUGCCUUGUCUGAGUGUAUAUAAUAUAUAUAAAGGGAGCCUUAAUGGAUUUGUUUUCAUAAUUUAAUAUUUUUUGUAUUUGCUCUUGUAUAAUUGUUUUUAAUGGAAAGUAUUACAGAAUUGAGAGUGGAAUUCUUAGAACCAAAGUUAUUCUUAAUAAAAAUCACCACAUGCUUGGACCAUG